GCGCUGCCUGCCGCCGAGGGGGGAGCAGCGGGCCGAGGCGUGCGGUCGCUGCUGCCGCCGCAGCCGCCUCCGGAGCAGCGAGAGCCGCCGGCGGAGCGCGGGGUGCUCGGCCCGCGGCGCGGCCCUGUCCGUGCUGCUUGAAGUACUUGUGAAAACCACUCACCUGCAGGAAACAUGAGGUCGCGGUACGUCACGGCCCCCACAGUCACUGCCCUUCUGUUCCUGCUGUGGAUCCAGUCAUCAACAGGCUGCAAUAAGGCCCUCUGUGCUAGCGAUGUCAGUAAAUGCCUGAUACAGGAGCUGUGUCAGUGCCGCCCCGGGGAAGGGAACUGUUCCUGCUGUAAGGAGUGCAUGCUCUGCCUGGGCACACUUUGGGACGAGUGCUGUGACUGUGUUGGUAUGUGCAAUCCUCGCAAUUACAGUGACACACCUCCAACAUCUAAGAGCACUGUCGAGGAGUUGCAUGAACCAAUUCCUUCCCUUUUCCGCGCACUGACAGAAGGGGAUACCCAGCUGAACUGGAAUAUCGUUUCCUUCCCUGUGGCAGAAGAACUGUCACACCAUGAGAACCUUGUUUCCUUUUUAGAAACAGUGAACCAGCCACAGCAUCAGAACGUCUCUGUUCCAAGCAACAAUGUCCAUGCACCUUACUCUAGUGACAAAGAGCACAUGUGUACUGUGGUGUAUUUUGAUGACUGCAUGUCAAUACAUCAGUGCAAGAUCUCUUGCGAGUCCAUGGGAGCUUCCAAAUACCGAUGGUUUCACAACGCCUGCUGUGAGUGUAUUGGGCCAGAAUGCAUCGACUAUGGCAGUAAAACUGUAAAAUGUAUGAACUGCAUGUUUUGAAGCAGGAAAAUAAUAUAGCAAUACUGAAGCCAAAGUAGUCUCAAUUAAAGAGAUGAGGAUUGCAAAUCCUGCGUUUUGGUGGAGUGCCUACUGGUUGCAAUUACAUGUACCUGGUUGAAAAAAAAUGUAUAAAAUCUGAAGACUUUUAAAAAUCAUGUAAGCAAGGCUAACUAGUAGAAGUUUCAACACUAUGUUUUAACUUUAUUUUUCUUUAUUUUGCUUGAAUGGUACUGCCAUGUUCCUCCUUGCUGUUCUGAUUGUUUUACUUUGAUUUUAAAGUACUGACUAUACUGUUUUCAGAAUGUAGUACUAUAUUUUCUAGUUUAGAGUAGGGAAACCUUAAGAAUAUGAGAUUUCCAUGAUCUAAGUUCAGCAAAAAAUGAAAUGGCUGCUAGGUUGGAGGGGGGUUGUUGUUCUUUAGAGUCUGGGGUUUUUUUGUUUGUUUGGUUUAGUUUCUGGUUUUGUGUUUUAACUUUAUUACCUUCCCAUUAUUGAGUUUAGCCUUCUAUUGUGAAAACGGUACUUGGGGAAAAAGAAUAUUUCACCUUUUUUUUUCAAGUUCAGUGCAUGGGCUGUCACGGAUAAAAUCCUAACUUCUUAGAAGGGCUGCCCAACAAAACACUAUGGAUGGGACACUUUUCUUCCAAGUUUCACUUGCCCUGCUUGUGUAAGUACAUUGGGGCCUAUGUUGCAUAAUUUAUGUAUUAAAAAAAGAAAUCUUUUCAGUCUCCUCUUAGAUACCAAAAAAAAAAAAAAAAGCUGUUAAGUGCAGUUGCAUCUCCCCCCCUUUGCCCUGUUGCUUAUUCCCCGAGUGUUCAGUCCAGUAAAGGAAGCAUGAAAGGUUACUGUGGAUUUAAUGACUAAAUUAAUAAAGAAGAAUUGAAGUGACAUGAACUAGCAAGUGGUGCAGAGUGACCAGUUCAGCAGCUGGCAUGUUCCUAUUUAAUAGUUUGCUGUGAAUAUUUAUUCUGAAACAUAAUCCUUUUUCCCUUUUUUCUCCACGGAAAGUUGUCACUGAGGAAAGGAAGAUGUGUCCACAAAGGCAAAACUAGGACAAUGUUCUGAGUUUAGAACAUUGUGCAUUUUUCUAAUGGAAGACUCUUUUCUAGGAGUUUUAAUAUAUUGACAGUUACAUAGCAGUUACUAUGACCCAGUUAGGGCUCCACUGAUAAUGGUACUAAGUACAAGAAUGAAGCAUAUGAGUAGUUAAUAAUCAGCUUCUAGUGUUUAUAGUGAUGUGGUUUUUAACUCCUUGAAAAAAAUCUAAUACAUCUAUGCAUAUGCACACAUACCAAAAGAUUUUGACUAUUCAUGUUUCGCUAACCUCAGUUUAAAGGGAUUAAACUGUUUUAGUCACACCUGUCUCUGUACCAUGUACAAAUGAAAGCAGUCAUUUUAAAUUUAUUUUGUUGAAAAGUUUACCUGAAUGGAUGUUUUUUCCUAUUUUUUCUUGUGAUAUAGUUCUUUCAAUAAGAUGAAAUAAUAAAAAAAACCCUGUUCUUGUGAAAUAAUGUUACUUUCUUAGUCUCUUUUUCAGCUACAAAGAAGUAUUCAAAAGGUGAAUGUUUCUUGCUUUGAACUAGUGGAUAAUGGAAUACCUUCAUACUUUAAACUUGCAAUUAAGUGAUAAAAAAAUCAUAGACAUGAAUAGAAAAAUGUAGCUUAUCAUGAAGGAAUUGUUCUUCCUUCCUUUGACAAUUCAUGUUAUCUUCUGCUCGGGUUUCUUAAACUGAAUUGGAGAGAAAGAACAUGUUAGAGUCGCUGGGACUCUUUUUUUAGCUGGAGGGUGACACACGAUCAUUCAUGACCAAAAGAGGAGACAGAUUGUAAGCGUUGCUGCUGGUCAUUAGCAUGCUUGGGAUUCUUGCAAUGUUAAAUUAUGGUAGUUUGGAAUCUUCUUGGGAGGAUGUUUUUGGUCAGGCACCUGCCGCCUCAUGGAUCUGUGACACUGUCUCCAUUGAUAUCAUUGGAGUUUCACUGUGAGCUCAAGUCAAGGGAACUUCGAGGGUGGAG